CCCAUGACCCAGAAGUCUCAAAUACAUUCCCGGAAGCCACAUGCAAGCUUCGAUCGACUUGAUCAUCGAUUGGAACUAAGUUACAAACCUGUCUCAACUUUGUAAAACCUAGAGCCUACAUACACUACUAUAGUAAGUACUGACUUACCCCAAAUCGGAUCGGACAACCGCAUCAUAUAAUACGCGUUUUGUGGUACCUAAGCAGAUCAUCUGAAUCUGCACCUGCGCGUUGCCAAGACCGGAAGUGUCACCUUCGUCAUACCUUAUCCGACGACAAUACAUACCUAGGUUAGGUAGUAAUCUUACUCGGUUGAGAGACCGAGAUAGUUGACACAAUAUACCGGAGACAACAAUCCCGCAAACUGCAGACUGCAAACCAGCUUUUUCGCCUGUCGACUUUACUUUCCAAGUUCUCCAGUUAGAAAAUAACACAAGAGAGAUCACCGGUUACGCCGUGUUCAGGCUAUCCAGGCCACAAGGCCACGAGGCCAAUCCGCAGCAAUGGAUUGGCUCAAGUUCCUGAAGCCCUUACAGACGUUUAGCACCGAAUACCUAUAUCCCGCGCUCAAGCUUAUGCUAAAGCUGUGCUAUAUCGUCACGAUACCUCUACACUAUCCAAUCUAUUAUCUUUUUACUCUAGUCGUAUUUCUCUUAUCUCCCAUCUGGUACAUACUUCAUUCGAUCUCGAGUACGACCGUAGCUGUUGUGGGUUUAGCUGCUAAGCUCAAGUACCUUUAUAUUUACUUCGCCUACGCAGCUAUUAUAGGUAUAUGUGCCGGCUGCGCGCUCUAUGGGACGUCCAACCUCGUCUUCGUCACGCUGGGUGUCGAUGCAUCACAAGAUCGAGAUCCAGAUUAUCUUAGGAAGGAUAAACUCGCGCUCUCAGAUGACGACGAUCAGGAACCUCAUGAACUAGACUCCGGUACACGUUCCGGGGAUAGCUCUAACAAGCUAUCCACAGCCAGUUCAGCCUCGAGGCGCAUGAAAUCAAAGCAGAAAGUAAAAGAUGAUACGAACGAGAUAUUCGAAAGGCAGUGGAAGCUACUGAGGUCUUCUGAAAAGCCGAAGAGGCGACGCAGGGGUUUGCUUUCUCAGACUAUUCACGAGGAAAGUAGUAGCGACUUUUCGUAAUGAUCUCGAUGAGUCCCCGAGGCGGGGCUUUGAGGCUAUUCCGCACUCAGGUCGUACAUGAUCGGCAAGUGUCAGAUUCAUAUAUCAAUUUACAGUAUGCACGCGUCGUUUAACCAUACACCAUAGUCCAUGUGAAAGUUCAUGACUAUCUAACUAGCUAAACUAUGAUCUUAAACCAGGCCGUAGGCUAGAAAGCUCAAGACUGAAAAUACAAUAGUUACGGACUUGUCAGGGGUUAAACAGAACUCGCCUCCGUCACAAGCUAGUAGCUAUACUGGACAUGUUGGAAACUGGUGUUAUCAAUGUCUUUCAUAAUAACUCUAAGAUACCUACCUGCAACAAAAUAACCAGGUCUAGGUUGGCGCCUACAUGCCGGACUAUAAUUACGUAACUACCUAUAUAAUGCAAACUAGGUCGUAAUGAAGAACGCAAGCAUUACUCGUAAACGUCAAACAACAAACUCUCCACUCAAAUUUACACUACCAUCAUAACCAAACACCCAACAGCACCUAAAAC